UGCUGGGAAUCGAGCAGUAGUUAAACAGUAUUUUUGUCCUCUUCGCGUUUUCUGCAUCCGAAUUUUAUUAAUUGUUAAACAAAAAACAUUCCCAGACUCGUUUUAAGUAUUACUGAAAUAUGUUUAUUGUGGCCGUAACUGGUGGCAUUGCCACGGGAAAAAGUACCGUUAGUAAAGUGUUUGAACGGCACGGAAUUCCCGUCAUAGAUGCAGAUAAAAUCGCCAGGGAGAUUGUGGAACCAGGUCAAGCUGCCUGGAAACAGAUACGCGCUACCUUUGGCGAGGACGUGCUGCUCCCUAGCAAGGAGAUAAAUCGUGCUGUCCUUGCACGCAUGAUUUUCGAGGACAAGGAGUUGCGUGGAAAGCUGAACCAGAUUACGCAUCCCAAAAUACACCGUAAGAUCUUCUGGCGGGCGUUCAAACUGUUUGUCACAGGACACUCAUGGAUUGUACUAGACCUGCCGCUGCUCUUCGAGACUGGCAUUCUCAUGGAUUUUAUUUACAAAAUUGUUUGCGUUUCUUGCGAUUCGGACAAACAAUUGCAGCGUUUGAUUGCCCGCAAUGAGCUUUCCGAGGCAGAGGCGAGCCACCGGAUUGAGUCACAAAUGCCGCUGGAGAAGAAAUGCGAACAAUCGCACUUUGUCAUAGAUAAUAAUGGCAGCAUUGAGGAAACGGAAGAGUCGGCCAUACGCGUGGUCAACAUGAUGAAGGAGUCCAAGCAGCACUGGCGCAAUCGUGUAUAUCUCCUGGGCCUGGUUAUGAUCGUGGGCUUUACCAUCUAUAUGUUGUUGAAGAUCUUUGGUCGUGUACCCGACGUAUAGCCAUUGUAAGAGCGUGGGGUAUUGUAUUGUUCCUGGCCUCCCAUCCAGCGUGUGCCAUUCGAUGCUUUUUAGUGUAUUAGUGCAAUUGAAACAAAAUCCUGCUGAACAAGGCAGAAAAAUUAUACAAUUGAGCGAUAUUUGUAUGCCUUUUAGUGAAAUAUACAAAGUCAGCAAUA